GUUUUUCGAUUCUGGGAUGCGCCCCGCAUCUUUAUUUUCGAAAUAUUUGUCUUCCAAAACUGCAUCAGAUUGAAUCGUCGUUGCCGACGAUUCCCAUUCUUUCCUUCGCCUGCAAAGUAAAACGAAUGUAGGACAAUUCACACAAGUUACUGAAAUGUAUAUAUAAAUUGUUAGCACUUACAGUUUUCUAUAAGAUUUUUUGAGGGAGAGUCUUCUCCUGGUAUUUUUUUUAUUUCCCAUUUGUGGUUGUUUAUAUCACAAAUGCUUGGAAAUUUUAUCAAUAAUAUAUAUGUAUGGCUUCUAUGCGAAGACGUCUUAUAUAUAUGUAUGGCUUCUAUGCGAAGAUGCCUUAUUGUUAUAAAGAAAUAAAUAACAACAACAACCAUGGCAACGCUCUGAAAAGAAACGAAACGCCAACGCGCUCUCGUUUUCCAAUUUCACUGGCGUCGUUGAAGUUGCAGGGUGAAGAACGUUCCGGUGUAAAAUGGAAAAAGGCGACAAUACUACACAAAAUAAAGAGGAUAAUGAACAACCUCAGCCAGAAAUGCUGCUGCAGCUGCAGCAACAAGUGCAACAACUGCGGUUGCGGACGCAGCCGCAGCAACCAAGGCAGCCGCAGCAACCAAGGCAGCCGCAGCCGCAGCCGCAGCCGCAGCCGCGGAAACCGCAGUCGGACCCGCUGCUGCAGCUACAGCAGCAAAUACAAGAUCUUCAAAGCAAAGUAGAAGACAUGAAACGUGAUAGAUAUAUCACGGAACAGACACAGCGGUCGCCGCUGGAAAAUUUAUACCAGGCUGAUGAACCGCAGCAGCGUAUAAAUCCGAAUCUGUUUCUCAAGUACGCGUCCGCGACGAGACUAGCGGAUUGCAAG